GACGGUUAAAAUCAGCAGGAUGGCAACAGAAAAUAGAGGUGAAUGAAAACCAAGCAUUCUUAUCAUUUCAGUUGCCACCCUGCCGCCGGUUAAUUAACAUAUGGAAUCCUUUACAAUAUAACCUCUGUGCAACUCUAUUAUUAUUCUUGAGUCUGUUGACAACCAAUUGUGCUUUUUUUGACAUCUUUUGUCGGAAAGGAUUCUUUAAUUGCUACAGUUGUUUCUGGUAUAGAAAUGACAUCGGUUUUGGAAUCUAUGGUAGUCGAUGAAAAACAACUUCCUGAAAAACCAGUGGAUAGAGAAAAGACAUGUCCACUUUUAUUACGAGUAUUCUGUAAUAAUGGACGUCAUCACAAUAUAAUGGAAUAUAGCAGAGGAAAUGUCCCUUCAAACGAGCUGCAGAUUUAUACAUGGAUGGAUGCUACUUUGCGAGAAAUUACAGGCUUAGUUAAAGAAGUAAACCCAGAUGCUCGCAGUAAGGGAACAUACUUUGAUUUCUCAUUAGUGACUCCUGAACUUCGCAAUUCUGGUUAUCGUAUGCGUGAGAUUGGUGUUACAUGUUCUGGACAGAAAGGUGCAGAUGAUAACAAAACGCUUGCACAAGCAAGAUUCACAAUAGGAGAUUAUUUAGAUAUAUCAAUAACUCCACCAAAUAGAAUGAUGCAACCAGCAAUAAGACGUGGUGGCUUGCGUCAGUAUUAAUUAAUAUGAUAAUCUUAAAGUGUUAAAAUUAUGCUAAGAAGAUAAUCUUAUUAUAAGUGAUAAAUUAUGUGACUGACACUGUAAUUCUAUAUAUAUAUAAACAAACUUCUCAAAUUUUUUUAUAAAUAAUUAAAAUAAAGAAUCACUUUUCUUUAUUUAAA